AUGGCUACACCGGACCUUCCUCCCUCCCGGGGGAUCGUGAAAACCCAUGCCCUUAGCUCCCAGUCCCCCAGCUUCGAUCUGCCGCAGGUGUCAGCGGUCCCGAGCAGCCUGGAAGUCCGUCCCCCUCCGGAGCUGGGACUGCAGGAGUGGCCAGACGGCUGGAGGUACCAGGGUGAGUUCCAGGGGAAUUUGAAGCAUGGAGAAGGGAGAUUUGAGUGGAGUAAUGGCGAGUAUUACGUGGGGCAGUUCUACAAAGACCAUCGCCAUGGAUCCGGAUGCUAUUUCUGGCCGGAUGGGACCAAAUUCACAGGAACGUUUUACCUGGAUCGAAAAGAGGGAUAUGGCACUUUGGAAAUGGAGGAUGGCUCAACGUUCCAGGGGCUUUAUAAAGGUGAUGAACGCUUUGGACCUGGAGUAUUAACCUAUCCUAAUGGGCGUCAAGAUGUGGGGCUGUGGUAUCAGAAUCGUCUCAUCAAGUUGUGUACGACAGUAGAAGGAGCCUUCGCAGUGAAGGAUCACCCGUUUUACCAGUCUGACAUGGGGAAGCAUGUCAUCACUAUAAAACCUUACAAGGAGAAGUACUCCUGGAGCACUGAAUCAGUAGAAGAUCCUUUCUCUUACCCAUACAAGAAGCUUCUGUCUGAUGACAGCUACACCCUCCCACUAGAAAUUUGGACUUAUUCCAACGAUACUGAUCACUUGCCCCUUACUCGCUCGUACAAGAGAGAAGGUGACAGACAUUUCUUCCCAGAAGAUGAGUUGGUAGAUGAGGAACAGAAAGAAACACUCACUGUUAUUAACAAAACUCCUUUGUUGGUUAAAAUGCAGAUGCACAUCCACAGACAUAGGCAUGCACAGACUAAACUUCCAUGGGAUGUGGCGGCUGUGAUCAAUGGAGACCGCGAAGGCUUUGGACCCAAAGGGCCGCUUGAGUGCAGCUCUGAGCAGCUGAUCAUUGCGGCCGGAGAGGGUGACCAUGACGCAGUGCAUGAGAUCCUGAAAAACAACUUAGUCAGUGCGGAUGUGGCUGAGCAUCAAGGGCACACAGCCCUCAUUGGAGCCUCGAUCGCUUGUUGCAGUGAUAUCAUCAACCUGCUACUGGACAGUGGAGCAAAUGUGAACAAGUUAAAUGAUGAAGGUGUUUCUGCACUGAACGGCAGCCAGGCACUUUACUAUCCAGUCGGCUGCUUUAAAUGGAGGGGAGUCACCGCAAAUGUAGACAUUAAGAAGUUUAAACACACUGCCGCUAGGAGUUCAAGCAGAAAGAAUUUCCAGAAAGAAAGUACUGGUGAUCUGACAGAGGAGGUGAAGAGGGCCAAAAAGCUCUCGAUCUAUGACAACAAAAUCAGGUUGGGCAGCAUAAUCCUCCGGAAAACUCCAGUCACAAGCAGUGGUAAAAACGAGGAGUCAGGAGAGGAGGAAAGUGUGACGUCUGAGAUGGAUGUUAGCUCUGAAAGGCUGCGGUCACCGUCGGCAGGGUCUCCCUCUUCCGGUGACUCUGACUCCGAGAUAAGUAACCGCAACUAUCUGGUCUCGGUUGGUGACCAACAGUUGCGUCAUGCAGCUUAUGCGUUGAGCAGGAACAUUAAGUUCAGAGAGUUGACUAAGAAGACAUCUCAAAGAUCUGAUGGUACAGAAGUUGAAAAUGUACGGAGAAUUGCAGAGGUCAAAUGGGAGCACCAGAGUAGAAGAAGAAUUAUUCAUCUACUUCUCCGUCGAGGGGCAGAUGUCAAUGCCUCCACACAUCCAAUGCCAUCAAUUUUUUUCUCCUUGUUGGCAGCGGACAUCUCAGCAAUCAAGGCCUUACUGGAGGUUGGAGCUGAUCCAAAUGUCCGACUUCAAACGAUGAUGGAAGGAAUGACUGGACUACUGCCACUCCACAUUGCUGCAACUCUCCCAGGAAAGACAGGAGUGAAGAUCACAGAGCUCCUGCUCAAGGCCGGAGCAAACCCUGAUCUGGGAGCGGAAGACAAGGAUGAGAUCUAUGAGCAUGAUCAGGCAGUAGAUGAGCUGCUGGCCCACGGUGCUGACCCAAACCUGCCGCUCACGCAUGGCUUGAGAAACGCUCUGAGUGUGGCGCUGAGCACCGAAUACGAGGACAAGAGAAGCCUGCAGGGCAGAGUGGCAUUGGUCACCAAGUUAAUCACAGCCGGGGCUAAUCUCUUGAUGCCCAUCACAAUUCAACAUAAGGGCAACAAAGCUGUGGGAACUGCUCUGGAUUAUGCCCACUACAAGUAUUACCAGGAUAAGAGAAUAGCAGAGACGCCUUACCAUGCCCUUUCGCCUGAAGAGCGAGAGGUCUACAACGCCCGUCGCUUCCUCCUCAACUUUUUGGGCAAGCCAUUCCGAACGGCCGCCAUCGACAAGGAACGGAAGCGGUUUGACACCAUCAUCCAGCAGAACAUCCGAACCCGAGCACCUGGGACUUUAUCUCAGCUCACCGAAUCAGAGGUACUUACCUACGCUGACGUUAGUCUAACAGCCCAGGCUAUCUUUGAGCAACAUGCUCAGAAGGUCGAUGAAACUCUCCCUUCAACAGCAACCUCGGAAAAGAAGAGGAAGGCUGAAGACAGAGGUUACAGGAGGCAGCUGUUCAAGUUCAAGUUCUGCUACUACUGUGGACGCUCCGUGGGGGUGCAUCUGGUUGCGUGCAGCCGGUGUAAGGAGGUGUAUUACUGCAGCAAGGCCUGCAAGCUGGCAGCUUGGGACGAAUUCCACAAGCACGAGUGCUACGUCUCAAAAGGAAAAGCUCGUGCUUCAUCCAAAAAGGAGGGAAUGGAGGCAGAAGAUGGGAUGGACAGGAAGGGAGAAGGGGAGGACCAAUUACUGGAUUGGAGCCGUUCAACAUUACUAUCCAUGGAUCUGGAUAACUACAGCUUUAAUUAA